GGCAAAGAGUACUCCGACGAUUUGGAGGUAUUCAAGCACGCGAAGAUGGAAGCGCUGCGCGGCAAGAGCCUGGGCCAGCAGACCCAGUCGCUGCACGACCAGGUGCAGAUCGCCAAGCAGAAAGUGGAGGGCUUCCAGCACGAGCUCGUCGACAUCGCGACGCAGAUCUCGACCCUGGCUGCCCAGUACAAAACGCAAUCUAAGGAGCUCGCGGGCACGAAGGACGAGCUGCAGCAGCUCGAGGCGCAGCGGGCCAUGGCGGCCCACGCGGCGGCGCAGCAGGCCUCCGAGAACAUUGGCAUUUCCGAGAUGGUGCAGGACCUGGCCAACACCUUCGACCAGCUCAAGCGACAGCACGAGAGUGCCGCGGCGGACAGCGCAUCGUCGAAGCCGGCCCCGCCGCUGCCAGCGCCCACCCAGCCACCGCCGUUUUUCUCGGCGCCAACGCCAGAGAGUCUGCGCGGCGGCAUGGCCAAACCAGCGGGCCCAGACUCAGAGGAGGAGGACGAGGCCACGGCCUUCGCGGGCUGGGGCAGCGGAGACAAGCACGCCCUAGAAGAGGUCGCGGAUCUCAUGGAGCAGAACGAUGACGAGGGAG